CCCCUUCAUUAUUCAUAUUCCAUUAUUAUGAAAUCAUAUAUGUUUAGUAUUAUUAAAAUCUCCCAACUUCCUCUGCCUUAUAAAUUUAAUCCCUCCCUGGGGCAGAAAGGCUUCGUCUCCGCCAAAGUCCCCAAAACCUUUUUGUCUUUUAUCUUUAGGGGUUUUCAUUAUCAACAGAGUCGUUGCAGAACAAAACGCAGAGGAAGAAGAAACAAAAUAUGGUUCCCGGAUUCCGCCGCACCCUUUCUUUCCCAAACCAGCAUCCCAGCCGUCCAUCCCGACCGCAGAAAUCCUACCAUAUCAGAUCCACUAGUCUCCCAUGCAGAGCACACCCCCAGAUCUCCCAGCUCAAGGAUGAGAUCAAUGAGCUCAAGACCUGGGAAUCUAAAGCCCUUUCCCGGAAUUCCGCCUGGCUUUGCGACGGUUUGAGCCGUCUCAGGUGCAUUCACGACUCUCUUGACGACCUCCUCCAGCUUCCCCAGACUCAGGACUCACUCCGCCGUCAAUCCCACUGGGUCGAGAAGCUCCUCGAAGAUUUCCUCCGCUUUGUCGACGUCUACGGCAUCUUCCGAGCUGCACUCUUGGCUCUUAAGGAGGAACACCUGGCCGCCCAGGUGGCCAUAAGGAGGAGAGAUGAGUCCAAGAUCGCCUCUUACGUCAAGGCUCGUAAGAAAAUGGAGAAGGAGAUGUCCAAGCUCGUCUCUGUCGUCCGAUGUAUCGGGAAGAGUAUGGUUCCGGGAGCUGUGUCGGUAUCAGAUGGCGAUGCAGAGUUAGCUGCAGUCCUUAAGGACGUCAACGACGUCACCGUAUCAGUGUCCAUCUUACUCUUCAACGGAAUCCUAUCCUCUUCGUCGCCGUCGUCGUCGUCGUCAUUGUCAUCCAAGUCUUGGAUGCUAUGGAGACCCUCGAAGAAGACGAAGAAAAUCGAGGCAGAGGAGGGAAUUCGAGAGCUGGAAGAAGUAAGAGUAGAGAGCCUGUGCCGUUUGAAGAAACAAGGAGAAGAGGAGGUGCGCAUGACAUUGCGAAGAAUGCAGGCUUUGGAAGACUGCAUUGGAGGGAUUGAGAGUGAAAGCGAGAGAGUGUUUAGGAGUUUCAUCAACACCAGAGUUUCUCUGCUCAACAUUCUCACACAAUAGAGAAUAAGAGUGAUGGAUUGGAGAGUUUAAUUAUUGAAGAUUCAAAAUUUUGUUAUUUGAGUUAAAAAGAAGCGGGAAAUAAGAAGAGUCAGGAGCGUGAAGAGAGGCUGUAGUGGUGUGUACAGUAACGAUCAUAUACAUGUAUUCUGUUAAAUUAAAUGAAGGCCCUUUCUAAAUUUCUGGGUCGACGUCGAGCCGAAACUCGCCGACAUUUAUCAUUCUCGCUUAACUCUUGUUUAAUUUUUCCAUAGUUGAGGCUUGAGAUGUAUCAUGUAUGUGGUGGUAGUAAGUGCAGAGGGAAAAAAAUUCAUUAAUUUGUACCAACAAUUGCAUUUUGCACCAUUUUAACAGCAUUAAUUGAUUGAUAUAUUUUGAUGA